CACAUUCGCAGCCGGAAAAACUUCUGACAUUCGUAUUUUUGCUCUAAAUGUUGCGCCGCCACGAUGGAUGGCCUGUCUGUUGCCGCCUCCUGCGUGGCUUUGAUACAAGCCUCUGACAAGACAUUUGGUGUCGUCUCUCAAUUUAUCAGGGACUGUAAAGAUGCGAAGGAUGACCUGGUUUCUGUUAACCAAGAGCUUUCCGCUUUGAGGCGAACCCUAGGCUUACUUCAAGACCUCAUUCCAGUUGGCUGCGAUUUUGCCGAUAGCGAUGUGACCAAAAAUACCAUAAGCGACAUCAAGGAAAUCAUUAUUAGUUCACUGAAUGUGGCUAGAGAUAUAGAUGGCGUUCUUUUAGGCCAUGAAGGGAGAUUAGCAGCAGUGAACUGGGCUACCCGCGGAAAGAGGAAGGUUUCCAGGUUCAAGACGUCACUCGAAACAAACCGAAGAGCUCUUAAUUUGGCAGUAGAUGUUAUCACAUAUGCAACUUCCAAGGACAUAAAAAAUAACACAAUGAACAUCCUAGAUGAUACUACCCACAUCAAGGGAGGUGUAUCUAGCAUUGAGGCCAGGAUCAGAAAUUUGGAAGCCAAAAUUGAGGCUUCAUACAUACCUGGCCCUUACUCGUACAUGAUGAAAAAUUAUCUGAACGAUAUUUCUUCCGUCGCGGGUUCUGUAUGUGGCAUGUCCUCGCGGCCAGCGUCUCCCGAGGUUGAGACCAGUCAGAUUCCUGACUGUGGGGAUUGUUCUGCUGAGUCAGACGACUUGGCUUAUUUCGAUGCGAUAUGGCAGGAUCCGACCCCAGACGAGGCAAACACACAGGGGAAGCAGCCUGCGAGUCCGGGGCAGAAAAAUGCAGACAGGAUCAGUAUGCCAUUUCCCAGACUAUCUGUCCACGCAACCAGUACAUCAGACUUGGAACGCCUAUUAGCACGGAUCAAAAGUUGUCCCUACGUUUCUCAGCGACGUCAGUCCCUACCCGUCGAGUUGGAUCAUCAAUCCAGCGAUUUCCGCAGCUGUAUGUUGCCAUCUGAUGGUGCUACGCUCUUGUGGAAAGCGGACAAAAGACCUUUCAGAACCUAUGAUAUCUGUUCUGGAGAGGUCGCCGAACUCCCACCACCCGCUAUUAACCCAACGAACCAACUCGUCGGUCCUGCUUGGUUCUCAGAACUGGAAAUUUUGACUACAGAUGCUUCUCUGUUAAUGGUGAGGCAAACACCAAGGCACAGCCAUUGGACAAUAUAUGACAGACGGACAGGCAAGACGAUUUUGCCAAUACAGAACCAAGAAUUAUGGGGUCAUCUGUCCAUCAUACAAAUCUCGAACAACUGUUCACUAUUGACGUUAUCAACUUACGACGAAGGAUGCUGGCUUGUCAAAGUACAGAGGCUGGACAGGCCAUAUGGCAGACAAAUCAUACGCUCGCAAUACAAAAAGUUGCUCCAAAGCGGAGGGGCUGAGGUCUUUGCACUGUCACAUCGCAGCCAAACUGUCACAGCCCUCGACAAUGAAUAUCGUCCAAAGCUUCUCACCUGGAAGCUGCAUAGCGAAUGGUUUGUCGAUAAAGAAUUGGAUGCUUUGCCUGAAGUUCAGUGGCCCGAUGAAAUAAAACUGAAGCCCAAACGUGCUUUCCAUGGGUAUGCCCUUGGUAUCGCUUCAGCAGGCGACACUGUGGUGGUUAUGACAAGAACCCGAGAUUUUGAUCCCGGUGGCAUCCGGAGAAGAACCACAGCCAUUGCAGUUUUUGGCUACGAUCUUCCUUCAGGUGCUAUGAAAUUUCGCCACAUCUUCCGAAAUGGCAAGGUUCCUGGAGAUGGCUCCUCGUCUUCCGCACGCGGAGUGUUCGACACAGAUGGCAAGAUUUCCGCGGAUGGGAAGCUCUUGAUGAUAAGUAGAGCUAUAGAGGUUGCUGUAGAAAAGCAAGACCCCUCAAAUGCCGAACCAUCGUCAAGUCAAGAGCGGAGGUUUACUACAGAAACCAAAAUCUUGCAAAUCCAGGGGAUGCGUCUAGUCCACCGCUUUGAAAACAAGCCGAGUCACUUGUGCAUAUUUACGCCGAAUUUUGACAAGUUUGCCAGGCUAGAGAAGGAUCCACAAAGUGGCGAGGACAUCCCCAGAACGUUCUUGAAGAUUUAUACACAUAAAGGAUCCCUGGAGAAUUAAGAGAGAACGAAAAAUAUCUAACCUAGCGAGUCAACCCCUUGUCUAGCUCAAGGUUGCAAUGCAAGAGAUCAAGACAUGCACCAAAAGUAAGAUUCACGAUGAGAUGACGAUGAUGGUUUCAAUUGGGUUAACCAAGUCGUGUAACGAAAAGAAGACGUACUUUUUAAAGAUCCUAUCUAAGGCUGCUGCUUCCAGAGGCUAGCUUCAACUAUUGUAAAAGACACUGUCAUUCCACAAUUUAAGAAUAGUACUCUAUGCCCACACAGUGGCGUGGAAUAAGCUUGUGA